ACUGAAGCCAAACUCUGGUUUCCCCUUCGCACGCGUGAACUGCCCUCCCCGCCCAUGCGACCGCGUGCUGUACCCUCAGUGUCCGCGUCGCGCAACCACCACCGCCAGAUCCGACCGGCAUCCAACCGUUCUCCAAUCCGCCAGAUCCGGACAACGGCGGCCGUCUUCUCUAUCCACCCGGCCGCGAGAUCGCGCAGGAAUCGGGCAGCACGUCCUCAUCCGCCUUCCUCCCCCUGUUUCAUCUCCGCCUGGGAGGCUUCCACGAGUUUCUUUUUUUUCAGCCGCCCGCUAGAUCCCUCUCUCCCUCCGGGUAUCCUUCGUCUAUGGAGCCUGAUCGAAACUGAGCAGCACCUGCGAGUGCCCCUCCGCGUCGCCACUCAGUGUCGAAUGGUCAAGCAGUUUGACGCGAGCGAGCAGAGCCGACCUGGUUCUCCUCGCGCGAGCUGUAAGACCGCCGCCUGCCCCUUUUCUGUCGAGAGCCGCCAGUUAGUUUCUCUAGCAGUGACGAACGGGGGCAGCAAGAUCUGCAAGCAGUGCUUGCCGCUGCGAGGGCAGAAGGCAGAAAGAUGAGAUUUUGUCUUCGUAUUUGAGUUUAAACGCCUCCAUCCAUCGACAGUGCAUGAAGAAGAAUUUCCUCAUUAUCACGUGAAAUCUUCGGGGAGAUGGAAAUGGAGCUGUAACCGUGGUGUUACAUCCUUGAGAAUUUAAGUGCCUAGAUUCAGUGGAGAAGGUGGGAGGGUCUGAUAUUUCCUGCUGCGAGGCUUCAGGCCAUGGGAUCUGAAGCUCUCGUGGAAGAGUGAGGCGAAAGGUCCGAGCUUGUCUUGUUGAGAAGUGAUGGACUUGAAUCAAGGAUGUCCAUUCUGGGAGCCACAACCUUGGGCUCCAAUCACGCUGGAAACGCCUGUGCCCAGCAAGUUGGAGAUGAGCUGGUUUGACAUUUGGGAUGGGAACAACAGUGGUAGCAGCAACAUCAGCCAUAGCUCUUUUCUGGGAUCGAGUUCCUCUGUUGCAACGGGUUAUGUUGACCAAUUCCAGGAUUCAAGUGCUCCGGCCACUGCAUUGGGUUAUUCCAGUCAGGUUUAUAUUCCCCAAGCCAGUAGUUACAGAAUUAGGCCUGCAAUGGCGACCACUGGUGAUCCUUCUGUUGGAUGGCACCAGACACCUCACACAAACCUGAUGGCCUUUGCAGACGCAGCAGCCAUCUCUAACAAUUCACCAUUUUUCUCGCCAUUCAUUCAUUCAGGCAACAACCCUGGAGUUUCUGCUACUCCUAACACAUUGUCGCCUGAUAAAGAUUUUUUCCUGAAACUGGACCAUCAUAACUAUGGAUUGGCUAACAGUUCAACACCCAAUACUAAUUCAUUGAUGGGAAAAACAAUAAGCAUGGGUGGAGCAGAUGUGACACCAUAUCCAUGUACACCAGUAUGUUUGGAGAAAGAUAAAUUUGUGCAAGAUUAUUCACUUUGCCAAUUCAUCGACCUGUUAAAUGAUAGUUCAAAUGCACAAGAUAAGUGGGACAGUACAUGCAUGUCACAAGCUCCAGUUCCAAAGCAAGUGGAGUUUGGCAUUUCAGAGUUUGUAUCACCACCUCCUUCAUUACCAGUUAUAUCAAAUUCAGGAAUGGAAAUGCCGCCUGAGCUACUACUCUCUCUUCAACAAUCAACAGCAGUUGAGGCUGUUGUUAUACCUGAAGAAGUUCAUGACCAAAGACAGAACCAAAUGACACAAGGAAAGCUGCAAAACAGUGAUUUUGACCUGAACAAGAUGCCACAACAGAAGCCUAAAAUUAAAAAACACAGACCUAAGGUCAUUCAACAAGGCAAACCAGCUAGAACGUCAAAACCAGCCACUCCCAUUGCAAAAACUCCCUCUCAAAAGCGUAAAUACGUAAGAAGGAAAAACGUCCAAACCUCUUCAGAGAUCCUAUGCGACAAACAAAGUGAAACUACUCUACCACACUGUAAUGCUGAUUUAGGUUCUUCAAAUGAUAUAGGAAGCAACUCAUCUCAUAAGAGGAACCAUGUGGGGAGUGAUGAUAACACUUUAUUUAAUUCAAUCAGUAAUCCAUGUGGAGCAACUGAUCCACAGUAUAUCUGCGGGACUAGGUCAGUUAGAAGAAGGUUGUUCUUUGAAUCAGAAAGAAAUGCAGUCGAAUUAUCAAAAGUGAUGUCUGCAUACAAUCUGGAAUCUCUAGAUCAAGAGAUAUGCCCUUCAGGUAACAUUACUAACAGGAAUGCAGCAGUAAAUAUGCUUCAUACUGGGUCUCUGGAGGUGAUGGACAACUUAGCACCAGUGAUUCCUUUUAGCCUCAACAGCUUUAUAGAUGAGCUGCCAAAUAAUCAAAUGAGUUUCACAGAGAAAACUGUAACGACACUUCCUCAAGCAGGUAGAGAUGGAACAAUUACAAUUGAUCAAGUUCACAAUAGGUGUACAACGCUAUCAGAAAAUCCACCUACACCUCAGCUUGCUAGAAGGGAAAAUUUGAAAAUAUUAGCUAGGAAAAAGUUCAUUAGCAACACUCCAAACUUUGAUUCACAGAAAACAUCCAAUUUGCUUCAGAAGAAGAAAAGAACUGACCAUGUGUUUGAGGAAUAUGCAUGUGCCAAUGUUGGUGAGAAACUUGUUGAAUAUAAGGAUGCAAGUCACAAUGAAGCAAACUUAUCUCAGGGAUUUGAUAAGCAGAGAGGAGAGACUGAGAACAAACUCAAAUCAUGUAUUGCUUCUUCCUUGACACGUAUGGUUUUGGAUGCAUCUAUGAAUAUUUCUGUGGCUGAUGUGAGAAAUUUAGUGAACCUCAAAAACCAGCUAGAUGCUGAAGCUAUUUUGUCUCUUUAUCAAACUGAAGGCAACACAGAAACAAGAUCAGAUCUGAAUUUUAGACCCGAUUGUGUAACUUCUGCAUUUUCUGUGGCAGAGCAUAACAAUAUGAUGCAACCUAGUAAAGGGCAUGGAAGAUUGAAUACUUUCGCACAAAACAAAUUGUCAACCCCACCAGACAUAUUUGGAGCUAAGGAGAGAUGUAGUGACAAUCAUGAGAACCAAGUUGAGAUUAAAAGAAAACGACCCAGGAAGAAUAAAAAUACUCAAAACGGAACUCACAUGACAGAUACAAAUUAUGUGGAUUUGCAAGGCCAAAAGGUGACUUGUAGAAAGAUGAUACCUUUUGAGUGUUGUCCAGGUCAAAAGACUAUGGAGUUACCUAUGUUUUCUACAAGGGAUUUCAGAAAGCAGGGUUGCAAUCCUGUGAGUAUAGAUAGUUUAAGUUCAGAUGUGAUGGUACCGUAUACAAAUUUGUUGGAUGAUGUCACUUGUAGUUUGAGAGCUCUUAGGAUUUAUGAAUCUGAUCCAACUAAAAUGCAAAAUGCUAUUGUUCCUUAUGUUGGAGAUGGUGUUAUUGUUCCAUAUGAGGGCCCAUUUGAUCUCACCAAGAAACGACGCCCUCGACCCAAGGUUGAUCUAGAUCUUGAGACAAAUAGGGUCUGGAAUCUUUUAAUGGGGAAGGAAGCGGGUAACAAUGAUCAGGGAACAGAUGUUGAAAAAGAAAAAUGGUGGGAAGAAGAAAGGCAAGUUUUUCGCGGGCGUGUAGAUUCAUUCAUUGCGCGAAUGCAUCUUGUCCAAGGAGAUAGGCGUUUCACUAAGUGGAAAGGUUCAGUGGUGGACUCAGUAGUUGGUGUUUUUCUUACCCAAAAUGUUUCAGAUCAUCUUUCAAGCUCUGCUUUCAUGGCACUUGCUGCAAGAUUCCCUCUAAAGUCAAGGUGCAAAAAUUCAGAAUUCAUUGAACAAGAUACAUGUGCCAAGCAGGAAGAUGGCAGCAUACCGUGUCUUGAUGGCAUUAGCAAAUUGCACGGACAGACAGUGGAUAGACAGUUGCAUGUCACAAGACCUUCGGUUGCUGGCACAAAAGAAAAUGUAAUGGGUACCAGUCAUGAAUCACCAGAUAGAGAGUCAGGCCCCUCAGAAACACAGAUAGGAGGGUGUGCAUGUGUAGCAGAGCCUGAAGACAGAUGGUCAAUGGAAGAUGUUGGUUCCUCCCAAGACUCUGUUGUUUCAUCUCAAGACUCUUCAGAAAAUGCAGUUCAGAUAAUUGAUCACAUUAGGAUAAGUUCCUUGCCAAACAUUAGAGCAGAAGAUUUAACGGUGCAAAAUUUGUGUCAUGGUAUUGACAAGUCAACUUCAUUUACUGGGCUUUUAAACUAUGUCUUGGAUGUAUCAGACAAUCUCAGAAAAAAGAAUCCACCCAUUUUAACACCUAUCAUCAAUUCUCAAGAUCAUAAGCAUGUUGAGACAAAUUUAUCUGCCACACUUCCAUUGCCACAUCUAUUUGAUGGUUCUUCAAGUUCAGGAUUAACAGCCAUGGAGCAUCUCAAUGCACAUACUAAGAGAAGCGUGUCUCAUCCUGAUUCAAAUCUGUCAGAAAUAAAAAAGGCAAACACAACUGAGAAAUUAAGUUCAUCCCAUGGAGUGAUACAUCCACAGCAUUUAGUAGACAAUAUUUCUGGAGUGAUACAUCCACAGAAUUCUGAAGCUGUUCCUGGGACUCAAACUGCCAUUGGUUUAUUUUCAGAUGCAUGUGAAAAUUCUCUAAAACCUCUCUCUAGCGCAGAAGCAGAAUCUUGCCUUAGAAAGCCAUAUUACUAUCCUAGCUGCCUUGGAACUGAACUAAAUGAAGCCUUGCUAGGUCAAUCCAUUUACCAGGGAUGCUCUCUUAUAUCAGAAAAUUGUUUGAUCAAACUCCAACAAGAGGAUAGAAUUUGUGAAACUCAGAGCACCAAAAAGGCCACUGAAUUUGACCUACAAAAGCAACAUUAUGAUACUCAGCAAAAAUCCCGAGUCUUGCAUAAUGACAAGGAUCCAUUGGAAAUAUCUAAGAGUCUCCAAUUAGACUUGAAAAAUGAUGAUGCUCUCAUUUCAAAUAGGGUAUCGGCUGAAACACCAAAAAAUAAAGGUAAAGCGAACAAGUUGAAGAUUGAUAAUGAAAGAAAGAAGGUCUAUGACUGGGAAAGUUUGCGGAAAGAGGUAUGUUAUGAUGGCAUUGAGAAGGAGAGAGACCUGGAUAACAUGGAUUCCGUUGACUGGGAAGCAAUAAGGUCUGCUGAUGUAAGUGAAAUUUCAGCAGCCAUUAGAGAGAGGGGAAUGAACAACAUGCUGGCAGAUAGGAUAAAGGAUUUCCUAAAUAGACUGGUCAGGGAUCACGGAAGCAUUGACCUAGAGUGGUUAAGGCAAGUUGAACCAGACAAAACCAAGGACUACCUCCUAAGCAUACGAGGAUUAGGACUCAAGAGCGUUGAGUGUGUGCGGCUUUUGACACUUCAUCAUCUAGCUUUUCCUGUUGAUACAAAUGUUGGUCGUAUAGCUGUCAGAUUGGGAUGGGUACCACUACAACCUUUGCCUGAGUCCCUCCAGUUGCAUCUGCUAGAGCUCUACCCUAUGUUAGACACCGUUCAAAAGUACCUUUGGCCGCGACUCUGUAAGCUGGACCAGCGGACUCUAUAUGAGUUACAUUACCAAAUGAUUACUUUUGGAAAGGUUUUUUGCACGAAAAGUAAGCCAAACUGCAAUGCAUGCCCGAUGAGAGGAGAAUGCAAACACUUUGCAAGUGCAUUUGCCAGUGCUAGAUUGGCACUCCCAGGACCAGAGGACAAAAGCUUAGUGAGUUUAUCUGUGCCCAUUGCCUCUGAAACCAACCAUGAACCGGGUUUCAGUCCAAGAACUGCAUAUCAGAUUGAGGGAAUCAGUGACUUACAGGCCAUAACUGUUCAAGAAAACUAUGGACCUAUCAUUGAGGAACCUGCAACACCAGAAGCUGAAUGUGGUCAAAUAGAAGAACAGGAAAUCGAGGAUGCUUUUUAUGACGAUCCAGAUGAAAUUCCUACAAUUAAACUAAAUAUUGAAGAAUUCACACAGAACUUACAAAGUUAUAUGCAAGCAAACAACAUGGAGAUUCAAGAUGUUGACAUGUCAAAGGCACUAGUCUCUAUCAACCCAGAGGUUGCUUCAAUUCCCAUGCCAAAGCUCAAGAAUGUUAGCCGCCUACGAACAGAGCAUCAUGUAUAUGAACUUCCAGAUUCACACCCUCUUUUGGAAGGGUUGGAUGCAAGAGAGACAGAUGAUCCUUCUUCCUAUCUACUGGCUAUAUGGACUCCAGGUGAAACUGCACAAUCCACAGAACCACCACAAGCAUCUUGCAACUGGCACGAAACAGGUGCAUUAUGCAACAUGGCAACAUGCUUUACCUGCAGCAGUAGACGAGAAGCACAGGCGCAGAUUGUUAGAGGAACAAUUUUGAUUCCAUGCCGAACAGCUAUGAGAGGAUCUUUUCCACUCAAUGGAACCUAUUUCCAAGUUAACGAGGUCUUUGCAGAUCAUGAGACAAGCCGGAACCCAAUUGAUGUACCCAGGGACUGGAUAUGGAAUCUGCCUAGGAGGACAGUUUAUUUUGGAACAUCAACGCCAUCUAUAUUUAAGGGUCUAACUACUGAAGAGAUACAACUCUGCUUUUGGAGAGGAUUUGUUUGUGUGAGAGGAUUCGACAGAAAAACAAGGGCACCAAGGCCUCUCUAUGCAAGAUUGCACAUUGCAGCAAGCAAGGCACUGAAAAAUGACAAACAAGAUAGAACCAAACCGUCAAAGAAGACGGCAACCAAGGCCAAUCAGAAUGGAUCCGCUUGAAACUCAGUAACUGCUGCAACAGCAGCACCUCACUAACACCAGGACUAACCAUCCCUUUAGAGGUGCUGACAAUGAAUUAUUAAUUUGAUGAUUCAAUAAUCUGAAGCUCAAAAUAAGCAACCCUUCUGAGAGCAGAGCUAAUUGUUGUUUCUGCAUUCAACUCAUUCAUGCCAUCCAUUUAACUUUUGAACAAGCGGAGGGCUUCUCAGCGCUGAUCGUGAAAUAAUCUUUCAGACGAAUUGUUGAUUGUUUCACUAAGAUGAAUGUUAUUCUGAUUCAUUUUUUUUUUCCUUUUCAUUUGUAGACAUGACAGUCUAGGAAACUUUGAUGUAGUUGAAGUAAAUUGCAUUCCAUAAGCUUAUUUGGUUUUACCAA